AUGCCAGGACUGUGGAGAGCAAUUGCCCUGGAGACCCUUCUGGGCUACGUCUCUUGGUCUCUCUACCACGGACUGGGACCCAUGAUCUAUUACUUUCCCCUGCAAACGCUGGAACUCACCGGCCUGGAAUUGUUUGGCGUAGCCUUUCUCUCUCCAAUACUCUUAACAAUUCCUCCAUUCUGGAAACUCGUUCAGAGGAAAUGGACCCUUUCUCUGCUGCGGAUCAUCACUGUCGGCAGCAUAGCGUCCUUUGAGGCUCCGGAUGCCAAGCUCCGGCUGGUGGUCCUUGCCCUUGGUGUGUCUUCCUCACUGAUAGUGCAAGCUGUGACCUGGUGGUCAGGAAGCGGAUUGCAAAGGUACCUCAAACUCUGGGGGUUUAUUUUGGGACACAUUCUUCUCCUUGUCCUCCGCAUAUGGUACACCUCGUUAAACCCGAUUUGGAGUUCUCGGACGUGUAAUCGAGUGGUCUUGACACUGAGUGCCAUAGCUGUGUGUGACCGCAUUGGCGCAGACGGAGACUACAGCACUCCUGAGGGGAAGAAGCCCAGCGAGGUGGCCAAGGGCAUGGCGUCUCGCUGUAGCUGGCUGUUGCCGGGAGCCGCCUUCGGGAGCCUCAUGUUCCUCACCCACUGGAUCUUUGGAGAGGUCUCGGUUGUUUCGAGAUGGGCAGUGAGUGGCCGUCCCCACCCAGGGCCGGAUCCGAUCCCUUUCGGAGGUGUGGUUCUGCUGGGCUUGUCAAGUGGACUGAUGCUUUCGGGCUCCUCAUGGCUCCGUGAGGCUGGGUUAGCCUGGUGGAUGACAGGAGCAGCUUCCGCCGUGGGGCUCCUUUACCUGCGCACGUGGGCAGCAGCUGUUUCCGGAUGUGUACUGGCAGUCUUCACAGGGUCCAUGUGGCCUCAUGUACUUGGGCACCUCGUGAUCUCAGGGAAAAGCCCUGGGGAAACCAUGGCCACGGGCACAGGCCUUUAUCUCUUAGAAAUAUUUUUCUGUGCCUGGUGCACAGCUUUUAAGUUUGUUCCCGGAGGUGUCUAUGCUAGAGAAAGAUCGGAUGUGCUUUUGGGGACCAUAAUGGUAAUUAUUGGGUUGAGUAUGCUGUUUGGACCUAAGAAAAACCUUGACUUCAUUCUUCAAACAAAACACAGCCCUAAAGGGCUUUUGAGAAGGAGUGAGAAAUACAUGAAACUUAUUUUGUGGUUGCUUGUUGGUGUGGGGUUAUUGGGAUUAGGACUACGGCACAAAACCUAUGAGAGGAAAUUAGGCCAAGGGGCACCAGCAAAAGUAGUCUCGGCUGCCAUCUGGCCUUUUAGGUUUGGAUAUGACAACAAGGGCUGGUCAAAUCUCGAGGGGUCUGCUCGGCUGCUCAAGGAGACGGGUGCAGAUUUUAUUACCAUCUUGGAAAGUGAUGCUUCUAAACCCUAUAUAGGGAACAAUGACUUAACUCUGUGGCUGGGGGAGAAGAUGGGUUUCUAUACAGACUUUGGGCCAAGCACCAGGGAUCACACUUGGGGGAUUAUGGUGCUGUCUCGGUACCCUAUUGUGAGAUCGGAGCAUCACCUCCUUCCGUCGCCAGAGGGCGAGAUCGCACCAGCCAUAACCCUGACAGUUAACAUCUCCAACAGAUUGGUGGAUUUCGUGGUGACACACUUUGGGAAUCACGAAGAUGAUCUCGACAGGAAGCUACAGGCAAUUGCAGUUUCAAAACUGCUGAAAAACUGCUCAAACCAAGUGAUAUUUCUGGGCUAUAUUACUUCAGAGCCUGGUUCCAGAGAUUAUGUCCAACUCACGGAACACGGCAACAUGAAGGAUAUUGACAGCUCAGAUCGAGACAGAUGGUGUGAAUACAUCAUGUAUCGGGGCCUGAUCAGGUUAGGUUACGCAAGAAUUUCUCAUGCUGACCUGAGUGACUCUGAGAUUCAGAUGGCCAAAUUCAGGAUCCCCGAUGAUCCUGCCAAUUACAGAGACAACCAGAAAGUGGUCAUAGACCACAAAGGGGUUCCCGAGAACAUUCACUUCAACCCCAGAUUUGGCUCUUACAAAGAAGGACAUAAUCAUGAAAACAACCACCAUUUUCACAUGAAUACACCGAAAUACUUCAUCUGAACCCUUUCAUACAAGAAGUCAUCAUUGACCAGGGGAAAUGUGCAACAGCCCAAAGAAGAGUCAAGUGAAAAUGUCAGGGUACACAAGAAGAAUCUAAAAAGUGUGACAUCAUGCUGUGGGAACUCUGUCAACUCGUAAGCUAUGCUGCUUAA